AUGGGCCUGGUGCGGGGCCUCCGGAGCCGAGCCGGCUAUGAGACGCCGGGUGAGACCGUGGCCGUGGCAGACCUCGUUACCAAGCUCGACGGCCUCGCGGUGGACGACGAGGAGCCACCGUCAUCGAUCCCGGCGCCGCCCGUGCGAGGGCUCAAGAACCUGGGGAACACGUGCUUCCUCAACUCGGUGCUUCAGAACCUGAUGGCGGCGGAGCCGCUCCGCGUCUUCCUGCUGCAGGAGCCGUCCGCCGGCGAGGGACCCGCCACCGUCGCCCUCCGCAACUGGAGCAGGCAGAUGCACGACGGCAGGGAGAGCACGGUGCUUCAGGCGGUGUCGCGCAAGCACAAGCGGUACUCGGGGCGGGCGCAGCAGGACGCGCAAGAGCUGUGGGGGUAUCAACGUUGUGAUGAGCAGCACCCGCCUCCGCUGCCCGACGAGACGGAGUGGCUCGGCGACAUGCCGUGGCCGCGAGGCGUGAGUCCGGACGGCGGCUUCUUCCGCUUGUGCGGCGCCUUUUGUGCCUUCAUCUAUAACCUUCCUUGCGCCGGAAAAACGCCUCGGUGCCUCUGGUACUCAUUCAUGCUUGGCGCCCUUCCUGUCGCCACGUCAACCCUUCUCUCCAUCACCAUUCUGCACGUCCAAACCGCCAGCGAAGGCGCACUCAGUGGCACAGCGAGCCUACACGGAGCGAGAAGGACCUUUGCCACCCUUUGCAUUGCAGUCCUUCUGACGGGUGCGGCAGCGAAGCGCUUAGAGUACCAGUUCCAACUCGAGGUGCCUUUAUCCGGCGUGAGGUUCCACAUGCGACACGCACUCCAGCGUCGCCUACUCCGUCUGCACGCCGAGGUUGAUCCCGACCGUCGGAGCCGCUCCGUCAAGAAUACAGCCGCCAGGCUGACGCCGGGCACAUCCGCACAGCUGCUUGACCCACUGACGGCAAUCGCCGUCAACUCGGUCUGGGGAUUCGUGUUUGAGAUCCCGCGGCUUGCGGGCAGCCUCCUCGCCAGUGUAUGCGCGGGCGUCGUCACGCGACACAACUUUGGCCUCGCCGUACCCUGCCUGUACGUGGGGAGCGCGCUUCUGGCGUGGCUCUUGGUGUGUGUAGUCUUCUUCCUUCACAAGGCGCCCAGGCAGGAGCUCGCACACCUCAAGGCGAUGUGGAACCUUCGCUACGGCUCCCUCGCGGCAGAGCAGGCCGCCGCCGUCAUGCGCACCAGCGAUGGCAAGGAGGCUGAUGUUGACGCGAUGGUUGACACGUACGCCAAGGCUGCGUUUGUCUUUCGGAGGCGCGCCUUCCACGACAAGUUCAUGUCGAUGGUGUAUUUAGACCAUGUCGCGGCGGUCCAAUUCGCCAGCUUUGGUAUCGCCUUUGUGGCGCUCGCAGUGCUUGCCAUGGACCCGGCCAGCGGCGUUGACGAGGACGUGUUUGCGGCUGGCUCCGCUCUCCUCCUGAGCGCCACGCAGCAGGCGUCCCACCUCGCGACACGGCUCGACUCACUCAUCUACGGACACGUCGCGCUGGCACAGCUGGCCGACGUGCUCAACGCUAGCUAG